AUGUCUAAAGGCUUUUUCUUAGCCACGCGGCCCCGUUCUGCCGCCCUCGCGGCCCCGUCGCGCACCGCCCUUCCCGGCCCCGGCGCCGCCCUUCCCAGCCCCGGCGCCGCCUCUGCUGGCCCCGUCGCCUACCCCUGCGGCCCCGGCACCGCCCUUCCCGGCCCCGGCGCCGCCCUUCCCGGCCCCGGCGCCGCCUCUGCUGGCCCCGUCGCCUACCUUGCGGCCCCGGCGCUACCCUUCCCGGCCCCGGACCACUUCCUCUCAGUUUGCCUCGAGAAGGCCCUCCUAGCAGCAGAGAAGAGCAUAGUAGCUGUAGGAGCCUCUCGUGGUGACCCUCGCACCCCCAUCUUUGAGGGGUGCUCCCCCUCCCCCCUUUUGCCCUCUGUUGCCUCUGCUGCUGCGGCCGACCUCGUUGGUCUUGAGUCAGUCGGUGCGGGGUCUACCCCUAGCGGGAGACGCCGCCCUGGCAAGGGCAAGGGGGGCAGGGGCGCUGGAGGAGCUAGCGGGGGCGGUGGAGGCGGAGGUGGAGGCGGCGGAGGGGGUGGGAGUGGCGGUGGGGGUGGUGGCGGGGGUGGAGGUGUCAAUGGCGGCAGUGGAGGCGGAGGCGGCGGCGGUGGUGGCGGUGGGAGCGGAGGUGGCUGA